GAAAUCCCCAAAUUUUUUAAACCCCGCCUUCUUCUCCUACAUUUAUUUCCAUAUCUCAUAUCUCCCCUCCCUCGUCUCUACCUCUCACCCACAUCCACUGCCUCCGAUCACCGUUGCCUCUUCUAGCCUCAGACUACGGCGAUGCACCUUCCUUCUCGAAGAACGCUUCAUUUACCACCAUCGUCCAAUUAUAUGAGCCCAAGAAAUUGACGGAGACGAAGAAGAUUAUGGAUCAAUCGCUUCACAUCAUGUUUAAGAUUAAGGGUUUUAGAUUUCGUCUGAUGUUUGUAAUCUCUCUCAAUCGACUUCUUAUCCUACAUUCUCUUCCCCCAAACCCUAACUUCUUCUCCCUUGAUGGAUUAUAACUUCAAUACGCGCUAAUAUCAUAGUUACAGGGAUCGCUAUAUCAGCCACGAUCCACGUUUUGAACGUUUCGUUCCUAAUUGUUGUAUAUUAUCGUUCCGAUUGUUGGCAGAAACGUACUUCGGUACGGAAACUCCACGAUCCCACUUAGUGGCAAAAUCGAUUGCUAGAACGUGUUUUUAGCGAUCGGAAUUGGUCCAAUACGUGAUUAGGAUCGCCAAUUUGUAGUUUGGGUCGCCAAUUUUGCGUUUUUGGAACGCCGAUUUGGUACCCUGUUGCCACCGUUUUGUCUAAUUGGUCCAAUACGAUAGUCUAUUUAUUUGGUAUUCCUUCUGGAUACUCGAUUAUUCACGCUCAUAGCAUGCGCAUAAGCGAUUUAAUUAGUUAAAAACAUAUUAUUGUUAUGUGUGUGAAAUUGUUCAGUGAUUUAGGGUUUUCGGACCUCAAGAACUUUCCUAACCUUACUUAUGCCAACCCUUAAUUUAUGCGAGGAAGGGAUAUCUAUAAAUCCCUGAUCUUAGGUAACUAGAAUUGAAGGAUGGAGUACAUGUACAAGUCAAAAGAAUGUAUCAGAAAUUGGAUGCCAAUUUCUUUUAUCAUAUUAAUGCUCCUUUUCAGUUGUUAUUGUUUACCAGGUUGUGUAAAAGGAAGAGAGCAUCAAUUAUUAUCCAUCUCAUAUGAUAAUUAAUGCUUCCAUUUAAGUUCAGAGAAGGCCUAAUAUCAGUUGCUGAGUACAUGGAAGAAGUCCUGGUAAAUCCCAAGGCUGGUUUUUAUAUCAAUCAGGAUGUUUUUGGUGCAGAAGGUGACUUCAUAACAUCCCCUGAAGUAAGCCAAAUGUUUGGAGAGAUGGUUGGUGUUUGGGUACCGUGUUUGUGGGAGCAAAUGGGGCAACCAGAUAGAGUCAAUAUAGUUGAGCUUGGGCCAGGAAGAGGAACUCUCAUGGCUGAUCUUCUAAGACCCAUGAUUAAAGAAGAUCCAAAAUCUUACUUUAAUAUGAUUGAAGUAGUUAUAUAUUGGCUGGUAUUGUACUAUUGUGGGGGUGAUGCUGUCUGGUUGUAUUCAUUAGAGGGAACACAUUUUAAAACCAAAAAAGGUGAGACAUGUACACCAGAGCAAGUGGGGAAAGAAAAAGUUACUCCUCAUGUGAACCAAACAUGGAUGCGUUUUAGUACUUCUCCUGGUUUGAUGGAAAUGUUGAAGAUUCCAAAAAUGAAAGCUUAUGUCAGUGAGACUGAAGACCUUAAACAAGACCUUAAUUAUCAAGAAACUUUCUUGCAGAAACUUUGGAUGUUGUUCUACAAAUGUCUUGGUAUACUUCUUCAGAAAGUUGAUAACAUGACUUAUGUUUUUCUACACAAGUAACAAAGAUCCAUAUUUCCAAAAUAGUUUGUGUUUUAUGUUUGUUGUUAUUUGGAUUAGG